AUGAAUGACUCAGGGCAAGGAACCAUAACGAAACAAGAUGAGGUGGUUUCGAAGACUGAUAGUGGGAGCUUUUUGAACCAUGCGGUGCGUGGGAUUAAUGAUAAAUUGGCAUUUAGAUGGCGUCGCAGAAUCGCACAAGUGAGUCCUACACCUCCCACAGCAACUGAAGAUAUCGGUGACAUAGACGAAGUGUUUGAAGGCGAUGACAGAAGUCGAGACAUCUAUUAUGAGAAUGCCGAGACACACUUGAAUCUCACGAAUCUGAAUUCCAGAGCGUUUUUGCAACCGGCGCGUCAACAAUCGCAACUCAUGUCUGUCUUAGUUGGCGUAUUCGUAGCCGUGGGAGGCUUUUUAUAUGGCUACGACACAGGCCUCAUCAAUAACAUAUCUGGCAUGCAGUACGUGAAGACUCAUUUUGCUAGUAACGGUGAACAGUUUACGGCUAAAGAAAUGUCUAUUUUGGUGUCUUUUCUGUCUUUAGGAACUUUUUUCGGCGCGCUGGCCGCGCCCUUCAUCUCAGACUCAUAUGGAAGGAAAACCACCAUCAUCAUCAGCACUUUUUUUGUGUUUAUGGUAGGGAACUCACUGCAAGUGGCUGCUUCAGGAAUGGGUCUUCUCGUUGCUGGUAGGGUGUUUUCUGGAAUUGGGGUUGGCUUUAUAUCUGCAGUGGUACCAUUAUACCAAAGUGAGGCAGCUCAGAAACAGGUGAGGGGAGCUAUCAUUUGCACGUAUCAGUGGGCCAUAACCUGGGGCCUUUUGGUAUCUAGUGCUGUUGCACAAGGAACACAUCACCGCAACGACGCGUCUUCUUAUAGAAUUCCCAUUGGGCUUCAAUAUCUUUGGUCAUGCAUUCUAGGAUUCGGUAUGCUUUUUUUGCCAGAGAGCCCUCGCUAUUAUGUUCUCAAAGACGAGCUUGAUCAAGCAGCAAAGGCGCUGUCCUUUCUAAGAGGUGUGCCUGAAGACGAUUCUGGCCUGCUAGAAGAAUUGGUGGAGAUCAAGGCAAAUUACGAUUACGAAAUGUCGUUCGGGAAAUUCUCGUACUUGGACUGCUUUAAAUCCAGUAAAGGAAGAACUAAGCAAACACUCCGAAUGUUCACAGGUAUCUCAAUUCAGGCAUUUCAACAAUUUUCGGGCAUCAACUUCAUCUUUUAUUAUGGCGUUAAUUUCUUCAGCAAAACGGGCAUUGGUAAAAGCUAUUUGAUUUCUUUCAUCACAUAUGCUGUAAAUGUCAGCUGCAAUAUCCCCGGAUUAUUUUUGGUAGAAUACUUGGGAAGAAGAAAAAUUCUAUUGAUCGGAGGGGUACUGAUGACAGUGUCAAACUUCGUUAUAGCCAUUGUUGGAUGCGUCGCAAAAUCCGUGGUAGUUAAUAAAGUUCUUAUUGCCUUUGUUUGUCUCUUUAUUGCUUCUUUUUCUGCUACGUGGGGCGGUUGUGUUUGGGCCAUCUCAGCGGAAUUAUACCCACUGGGAGUGCGAUCUAAGAGUACUGCUAUCUGUGCAGCCUCCAAUUGGCUGAUAAAUUUUGUAUGUGCGCUUAUCACACCCUACUUGGUCGAUACAGGAGACCACACCUCAUCAUUGGGGACUAAAAUUUUUUUUAUAUGGGGCAGCUUAAAUGCACUUGGUGUUGGUGUGGUAUACUUGACCGUUUAUGAGACUGGAGGCUUGACACUUGAGGAAAUUGAUCUGUUGUAUCGACUAUCUCCCAACAGUGUUGCGUCAACAGCGUGGAACAAACAGAUCAGACACUCUCCAGGCUCAGUUCGAGAAAUUAGAGUGGAAAAUCAAAACAAAGAAAAGGUGGGCGAACCUUCAGGCUUGAACUUGGGUGCAUCGAACUCCAGUUAUGAGGAUCAACCUUCACUGAAGCCUGCUGAAAGUCCCUCUCACAACUAUGUUGAUCUCGGAAAUGGGUUAGGCUUAAAUACUUAUAACAGAGGCCCACCUUCGCUGCUAAUGAGCUCAUCUGAGGAAGAGGAAGCAGGCGAUGAUAAUGAUAGUCGAAUGAGUAUCCGCACAGAUCAAACAGCGAGUAACUUUCAGACCAGCAAUACAAAUGGAUAUGGUGAUGUGCGACGCCGCGACCAAAGCCAUAUUUCUCAUGAUGAAGAAGACAGCACCGAAGGCAGGUCCUUCAAUACUGAGAAUUCUAAUAAUUUCAGUGAGUACGUGGUACGCUGGAUGAACAGCUAUGGCGAACAGGGUUCGAAUACUGGGGUAGAGUAA